CGUCCUCAUGUCUGCCUGACUACUGACUGCCGACUGCAUAUGUCGACCUGGGCGGGCACCAAUCCUGGAGCUUGGAUUAUUGACGGGCACAUACACACCCCGUGAAUUUUCUCUGUCUCGAGUCCUCCUUGGGCGGGAAACUAGGCAACCGUUGACCAUCAUUCGCCAGUGUCCAACGAAGCAGAAAGAGGAAAUCACCCCAACACCAAUCAGCAACCAGUGUAACAUUGACGAAGACCCUUGCCACGACCAUGUCCAAACAUGUCCGCCCAAGAGCAGCACCGGCCCAGAGGCCACCGCUGUCUGGCCGCCAACAAGCCCAGAAGGCACUUGACUUGAUAUUCUUACUCGUCUGCAUUGGAGAACUGUUCAUCGCUUUCUAUAUAUUACGGUUCUCUGUAAACCGUCCACGCGGUGCUUUGAUCAGCUCCUCCCAGAUACCACCAACAUCCUCUCUGACGCCAACCAUGACGAUGCUCAACGACUGGGAGAACAUUAGCAGCGACGGCAAGGGCCAAGGUUCCGAAUACCCAAAGACCGAUACCUAUAUGGGCAGCAGUGAUGCUGACUCCAGCCCAGCCUACCAAGAAGUAGAACAUCACGACAACAUGUUCCCCCAUCUCCCCAACCAGCCGCCUCAGCUGGUUAUCAUCGGCGCCACCUGGGGUGGCGUUAGUGUUACAGACGAUAUCCGGGCGAUGGUGGCAUCCGACGACAGCAUCAUCUUCGACAUGUACAAUCUCUACAACGUGUUGACGCCCGAUCCAGCUUACGGAACCGUCAAAACCUUGACAGUGCUCUACCAAUUCGUGGGGUUGAACAACAACGGGGGAGUGCACCUACUCAACCUCCCCGAGCAUACCGCCGUCCUCAGUAUCAGGGCCGACAAGCACACCGAAUCGACAGAGCAAGAAGCCGCAGAAGAAACGUCAGAUUUUGUACAAACCAUCCACCGGCCGUGGCGGACGGGACUUCCCUACAACGGCUCGGUGGAGAUCCUGGCGGCGUUGUACGGACCGGAACGCAUCGAGACGCCGUCGGUGUUGCAGGAACUGGUCAAGUUCUUCGAGGGGAGGAGGGGCCAGAUCCGCAUGACGAACGCGUUUUGGAAGAAGGAUACUUGGCCGGGCGUUAGGAAGUCCUGGACGGUGUACUUUCGGUUUGCGGACUCGAAGCGGAUUCAGGUCGUUACGGGCAUGGAGGACGGCGCGCUGGAGGUGCCUUGGGGGAGGUUCUAAUGGAAAAGGAAGGAUCAUUCGGAAAGGAUCAUGAAUAGAGGAUAUUUGCCUCCUAUUCAGAGACUCAAGACGGCGUCAGUAUG